CCUUGGUGUGUUGUUCUUAUUGUUAGAAGUACUGAGAUAAUUAUUCCUUCUUAGUCUCUUGCCUAAUGGAAAUCUUUAAUCCUCUCGUAUUUAGUUGAGAUCUCCUUCCAAUUAUUUUAGUUUUUAUCUUCACAGUGCAGUGAAUUCCUCCAUUCGAAUGAUGAACGAUAAUGUGAAUCGUGAAGAUCCCAACAUUUGGAUUUCUCACUGGGAACAGCAGUGUAUUGACCAUCUUGAAGAUGAGCCUGACUAUGAAAGCCAACUCCAAACUGAAAGAGAUUUAGCCUCCCAUAAAGCUUGGACAAAUUUUCAGAGUGCUGCGACCGCUGUCGCUCAAUUAUACCGAGACCGUCUUCAUGAAGCACCUUCUCUGUGGCAACCUUUCCAGGCAGCUGCUGGCAGUGUGACAACUUUGUACAAAGAUACGACAGAAGCAAUGAAAAGAGCUGGUGAACUUGGUAUGCAGUGUGGUUAUCAGCGUAGGAACAAGGAGCUCUUGAAUUGGGCAAGGAAGAAACGAAAAACCAUCUGUCGAGAAGAUCUCAUUUCAUAUUUAGCAGGAAAGCCUCUGCCCCCUCGGUCACAUCAUACCCAUUUCAGGAGUUCGCCACGUCCACGACUUGUAGUGACAAGCUCUAUCGACAAUUCAGGACACAAUAGCCGAAGUAACGUUUACCUACCAAAUAAUUUCAGUAUCUCAAAUUCAUCUGUUUCAACACCUGGUGAUGAGAAUUUUGUUAUGUUUAAAGAAGCACUCUCACAUCCUAGUGCUAAUAACGUUAGUAUAUUUCGUAGAAGUCGUGGUGCAGAACUCUGUGCAUUUGUAUCUAAUGAAAUCGCACGCAACUGUGGUGUCAAGAGAAACAGUAGUAGUCCAACAAUGGAUGUCAAUAUGGACUCUCCUACUCAGACAAAGCGACCGCGAUACAUGUAGUCACUCUAUUGUAGCAGUGACAAGCAGUUCAGUGUUCAUUUGUCAAGGUAUUUAAUAAUAAAAAUAAUAAUAUAAAAAGAAUAGAGUUGGGCUGAGUCAAUUUCUGAGAGAGGUUUUUCCUUUUUGUUUUUCUAUUCAAUCGUCGUAACCAAGCUUUUGCAAACUGUUUGUCUGUCGUUUUAAGGGGUAACUUGAUAAAGUUAGAUUUAGUUAUUAAAUUUUUAACUUGCUCUUGUGUUGCCUUUUUUGUGAUUUUUUCUCAGUUUUAUGACUCACGUCAAUAACAUUUUUUUCAAACAUCGUUAUCUCCACCUAAGAAACAAUUUUAUGGAAGUAGGAUUCUAAAAACCUGAUAAAAUAGUGAGAGAGGAACUGUCUUUUUCAUUGUGAGUGAGAUGCCUGUAGACAGUAAAUUUCUGAUUGCUGCCCCAGAGCCAUCUUGCAUCAGGUUCGGUUAGGGGAAGGAAAACCAAUUCGUUUUGACCGCUAUUUAACAUUUAUAUGUAUUUUUCCAAGGCCGUUAAUGCCAUUUUUCAACUUUGGCUGAAAAAGAGGACUACAAUAAAAAAAAUUGCUGUGUUCACCUUUUUCUGCUUAUCCAUGUACUUAUUUUCAGGCUCACCUUGUUGCCUCAUCUUGUCCUCCUUCAAAUUAGCAAUGAAAUCAUUAUUACACACUACCGUACCAGUUUUUCAGUAUUUACAGUCCAAGUAGAUUCCUAAUUUCGCCUUGAAGAUAAUCCUCUGUGACUAGUAUUUUACUGAUAUUUAAUUUCUCUGCGACAUUAAAACGACUUACGGAUUUGGGUUCUUUUUGGAGAUUGAAUGGUUGACAGAUUAUCUAAUUGCUGGUGAUCUAGAAUCCUAUUAAUGGCAUAAGUCAAUGAGUACUUUUUCAGAAUCAAACCUUGCACCUUCUGUAAUUGUACAUUUUACCGUAUCGUUUCAUCCAGCAUUAUCUUAUCAGAAAUUGUAAUUUAACUUUUUAAACUAAUUUGACAAGAUUAAUGUGCUGAUGUAUUUAUGUCAGGAGUUUCAUCAAAUUAAAGUCAAAUUACCUUGUCAGCAUCUAGAGUUUGACGUAAGAUUGUUGUCUUAACUCUCAUAUUGAAAUGGAAUCCAAAAAUCACAAUGGCAGAUCCUGCCAUGGUUUUAAAGGUGGCAGACUAAUUUCGUGUAGGCUUUAAUGUGAUUAUUUGAGAUCUGGUUAUGGUUAUAGAUCGGUCAAGUUUUGUUGUGGAUACUUCUAAAUCAGACCGUCGAAGUUGAUCUUUAGGCAUUUUUCAAUUAACUUUUUUUCUUCCUUAAACAUUAGUUCAAAUUCUUUGUUGCUUCUCAUGACGGAAUUUUGAAGAAACUGUCAGAAGUUGAAAAAUUUACAAUUUUUUUCAUAACUGCAUUGCUGACAUUUUUCUUUCAGCAUUUUGAUUGAGGCAUUCAGAGUAUAUGGCAGGAAGGUAAGGAAACCUCGUUGUUCUUGUUGUUCAGCUUGUGAAACAGCUUGACUUUCUCUUCCUUCUUGCCUGUCUUGUCGAGGGAUAAUCUGAACGACAGUUCCUUUCUCAGAUCUCCAGUAUAAUGCAUAGUUUUGACUGAAAGAUACUCCUGACAUUCUGUAAGAUCUACCUCUGUGUGCAGUACGCAUAAUUUGUCAGUAUGAGAGUUUUUAAUUCGGAGUAGAUAAUCAGAAUAGGUAUUCAGCCCAACUCUGUGAUGUACUAUUUAAGAAUUUCUUUCAGAAGUGUGUAUAAAAAAUUAACUUAAGGUCCAUUGUUUCUCAGAAAUUUUGUCUCUCAUAACGCUUUUAUUUCUUUGUACCCUCCCCCUCGAUUUCCUUGAGUGUUAAAACAUCUUCUCUGUUCAUAUAUAUUUUGAGCUGAAACAAUACUUAACGAUGCAAGUUACACCAAUACUGUCAUCAAAUUUCAAACAUAUGCCUUGAAAUUUGCACCGUUGCAAACAGAAUUCAUCCAUCAUCACUUUGAACUCAAUAUGAGCCAAUUUUAAAGCCAACAAUGAUUAUUAUUCAGUGAUGUUAAGAAGUCGUACUCAGUCUUCAUGUGCCAAUUUGAUCUAACACUCCCUAGUCCUGUGAGCUAUGUGAUUUUUUUUCCAAGGAUCCAGCUGUUAUUCUUAUAGGCAAAUUUUGUUCAAAAUCUUCCUUUUGUAAAAUAAUGUAUAUCAUCUAAAAAACAAUACCAUCUAAGUGCAAUUUCCAAGAUCUCUUUUUGGAGUCUGAAAAACAUCAUAUUCAUAACAUGUAGGAAGAUGUAGACCGAUAGUAAAGUUUUUGAUCACUACUACAGCACUACUUUGUGAAGUUCCAUUUUUGUUGUUGACAACGGUUUAGAUGUCUGUUUUAUCGUAUUAUCAUGACCACUGUAGCUCUUGUAUGCGCCAGGGAUUUCCGAUUUAACACUCUCUUUUAUGCAAAAUUUUGCAAGAAAUCCGAUGGUGCCACUGGCUUUUUCUGAAACAAACUUCCAACCUCAAAAAAGCUCUCAAAGUUGAGUUCGCAAUGAAGGAGAUCUCCCUUGCUAUGCUGAGAGUGUACCUCUAUAUCCAUUCAGUCAAACUCCCUAUGUCCAGUUAGGGAGCAAAUUUUUCAGCAGGGUUGCCACUUUGUUUGAGAACUCCAAGAUUGGAACUACGGCAACUCUCCUAAUGUUUUUUCCCUGCACCUGUGCAUGGGGAGUUUGCAUAGAAUACAUAGAGUUGUAAUGUAAGUAGGAGCGCUGGUGCCAUGUUCUGGUCAAUGAGUUGCGAGCGCGGUGUGCGCCAGGCUUUAGUCACUUUUUCGAGACAUUUUUUACCCAAAAUGGGGUUGUAGAAUAUGUAAUAAUUCAUAUCAUCUUUGUUUACAUCGGAGGGACGGGUCCCCACUUAUCAAAAGCAGUCGAUUUAUGUAUCAAAAAAGGGACCCGACAUGAUACAGGCAUCUUGCAAUUUGAGGCCUGGGGAAUGCUUAAAUGUGGUGCCAGCUCUCCCAUUUACAUCACGACUCUAUGUAAUUUAAAACCAGUAGCACUAUCUUGCUUCUUGCAAAAUUUUACACAAGAGAAUGCACUUUAAUUGCAAAUCCCUGACUCAUGUUAGAACUCCAUGCUGGCCGAAUUGAUCAUAGUCAUUUUGUCCUAGGUUCUUUGUUUUUGUAGGGAUGUCAUGCUUAUUUCUUGUGACUAAAAAAUAGUGAAUCACCGUACAUAUGUUAGAUUGAUAGCCUAUAUAUCAAUACAUACUCUUUCUGUAACUUCUGAACCUCUCCCAAGUAAGUCAACGCUAUAUUUAUCAAGGCUGUAUGGAAAUUGCUUUUCCAGGCAGAUUAAAAAAAAAGUUGCUGUUGGCUCCUGUGUCAACCCAAGAAAAUGUUGAUAGUAUCUUUUGUAACCCUGCCCAUCAAAAGGGUAAGAUCAGAAAAAUCCUUUUUUUUCUUUUCUUCAUUUCUGUCCAUCUGAGGAUAUCCGUUCUAAUUAAUUCUCAAUAGCGCAAAAAUCAAUCCCUCAAUAUCUUAAAGUGAUUUAGUUUUUAUUUUGAUCAAGGAAGAUGGUAGCAAACUAAUGUUAUGCUGAACAACAGAAACUAUGUUGUUUAUGAGGGCAGUAUUUGUGUGUAAAUUUCUUGUAUAUUUUUGUGCAUAACAUUUUUUUUAAUGACCCUCAAUGCUCAAAGAAAAAAGUUUGAAUCGGGUGGUACAAGUUGUUACUUUUAUUUUAAUUAUUUAUUUCUCUAAUUUUUUUAGUUUUUAAAUGUUGUCUUGUUUUUUAUUAUAUAUUUUAUUGUUAUUGCAAUUACUUGAUUAAGAAUUCAAAACUCCAACUAAAUUUGUGUCUCUAGGGGUUUUUCUUCCUUUUUUCAAUCAAAUUUCUUCUGUUUUCCGUAAUCCCCAAUUUAUUUAUCAUUAAUUUUACUCCUGGCUCCCCCCCCCCCCCUCUCUUUUCUCUUGGUGAUUUCUAUCUCACGUACCCAAAAAUCUGUCCAAUUUUGAGCAGUUUUAACUGGAUAAGUUUGUACCACAGAUUCCUGUGUAUUAUUUGUUAAGGGAUCCUUUGUUUCUCAGUCCAUUUUUUUUUUUUUUUUUUUUUUUUUUUUUGUGCUUCAAUAUUUUUAAUUUCUAUUCAAUAUUAUUUUCUGUACAGUUUUUAUGAAUCAGUUGUUAAUGCGUUAAUUUUUGAGUAACGUUUCUAAUAUGCUCAGCAUAAAGUCUCAAACUUGCAAAAGUAGAAGGUACAAAUCGAAAGACAUGUCCUUACAAGAAUUCAAUGAAGUAAGUGAAGUAUAUUCUCUAUAAUAAUAUACAGCAUUGAGCAAUAGCUCUAUUUUUUUAUUUUUUUUAAAAUUAUUCCCUGUUCAAUUUUUGGCUUGGCAAUUAGAUUGUCCUAAAUUUUCGCUAAUUUAUCCGUGCUGAAUUAUUAUUUUCCUCUUUCGAAUUGUAACAUAAUUAAUAAGAAAUGAGUUUUCGAAAAGUUCUGACCCUUUUGCUGGAAUCACAAGUUGAAUUUGGCAGCUGAAUAUGGGAGUCAACAAUCAUCGCUCAAAAGCUGAAAUUUCGUAAAGUCGAGUCGUUGUCAUUCAGAUUUGUAUCAAAUCCAUUCGAAUAGUUCAGACAAACUGAUAACUGCUGAGCUCCGAUCCUCAUCGGUGACGCGCAAAAUUCAGGCAUUGGACUGAUGACCUCCUCAUUCAAGCCACAUUCAGCUCCCACAUUCAGCGAGUGAUUUUGGCUUUUGGUCAAGAAUUUGUCCAUGUAAGUCAUUUUUCUAAUUAAUUGCCACCUUGAGUGAAGACUACCUUUCAUUUUUUUGCUUGAGUCCGUAAAUUGCUUAACUGGUUUCAGUAACUGAAAUUCAAAACUCUGACUGUAUUUGAUCAAAAACAAAGCCCCUCAUAUUAAUCCAGGGAGUUACAGAGCCGAGCCAAGCUGAAACUAUAGAAAUUGUGUUCCUAACUGAUCCUGUAGAUUUUGAGUCCUUCGAGCUGUUGAAUUUUAUAUAUCAUUAAAUGUAGAGUUUUUAUUUUCCUCAUGGUGUGAACGAAGGCAUUCUAAUAUCUUGUGCCAGAGAAGCUUUGUUUUCAUUUUUUUAAAUGGUGAACCCUUUUUUAGUGGAAAACUACGAUAAAUGGUGUGCAUUUAUAGAUUGAAAUUUAAAAAAAAAUACGAAGUUUAUCACUUUUUGAAGAUUGCAGUGUUCACUCAAUAGUUUAAAAUUGUGAUGAAAGGGCGUUGUAACUAAAUUAAACAAAGAAGCUAUUACAUUUCAACUCUCGCCCAUCUGGAAUUGCAUAGUUCUAUCUAUACAACAAAAUGUCAAAAUACAUGCAUAUUAUGCUAUUGGUGACUAAUUAAAUGAAAACUUGUUUUGUGACUUUAAUACUAAGAGAAUUUCAUAAGGCCGGUUUCCUAUAAAUCCAAGUUAAUUUGUAUUUUCUUUAUAUAUGCCCUUGGGAAAAGAAGAUUUUUCAAAUUUGGUCAUUAAUAGUUUAAGCUCUCAAAGUAAUUUCCUAAGACAGUUUUUAGAGACAACAAUCAUUGUUUUACUUUUACAAUAUAUUUUCUGAUAUUUUUAAUUAUAUGUUUCUUUCUUCAGGCAAGAAAAGGUGAACCAUAAACUCUCUAGAGUUUUAGAUAGAAUUUUAACUUUUCAAGACUGAACUUGAUUUUAUCAUUUCAUGAAUUUAUUCAUUAAGUAUCUUAGACACCUAUUUGUAGAAUAUGCAAUGUUUGCCAAACAAGUUCAUGGUUGCAAAAUCUUCAUCACUCAACUUAAUAUGAUCACCAUCAACAGAGGCUACAUUUAUCAAGGCAUUUGGACCUAUGCUAUCACUAGACCCCUAAGCUAAAACUAAGGCAGAGGAAAUCUCAUAAGUCCGAUCAGUUUCACUGGAAGACGUUCUUCAAAUGGACUGCGCAUAGCAAUAAAGAACCAAGAAUGUCUUUGGAACCAAGUCACAUUUAACUGGUUUUUUUUUUUUUAAUAAUAAAACUAAUCCCAUAUUAUGAAUCAAACUAAGUUCAAAAGCAACACUAUAGUCUUUAGUCGCAUAAUUUGUCUAUGCCUGGUUAAAUGUGGUUUUUAAACUCAAACAAGGAUUCCUCUUGAUCUCAAAAUCACAAGAAUAUAAAUGAACGUCCUUGUAAAACAUCAAGUUCAAAUUCCCUGAUAAUCAUUAGCUAAAAAACGUCAACCUUUUCUCUCCUGGAAUUCUUUAGUUUAUUUUCAGAACCUUGUUUAAAAUUACUCUUAUCCUAAGAAUUUAAGUACUUGGGUGUUUAUUUCAUAAUUUAUCUGCCUAUUACGGUUCAACCCCAAAAACACUAAAUAUCUCUUUUUCCCUGAAUAUAAGAUUACUGUGCACCAGUCUUUUAACCAAGAACAAUCUUUCACCAUCAAAAAAUUUCAAUUUACUUGUCAAUGGAAGGAACAGCUUUGAAUCAAUAACAAAUAAAUUGAUAAUAAAUUCUGUA